CACUCCACCACCCAUAACCCCCUCCCCCAACCGCCGCCAUGUCCGCACUCAGCUCUCUAUGCGCCGCCGCUGCCAUGCCGAAACCGUCGGCCGUGACCCUCCGCGGGGCCGAAUUCCCCCUCCCCUUCCCCGACAUCCCGACACCGCUGAAAGAAAAGAUCAUCAGCCUGGAAGUGAUGGGCGUGGACUCCGGCCGCGCCCUCUCCCUCAACCCGGCGCUCCGCACCGCCUCCCCCGCCUCCGUCCACGCCGUCGUCUCCUACCUCCAAUCCAAGGGCCUCCUCUUCAAGGACCUCGCCCGCGUCCUCGGCAUGUGCCCCUCCAUCCUCACCGCCGACGUCCGCGCGCACCUCUCCCCCGUCUUCGCCUUCCUCUCCCGCGACCUCCGCAUCCCCGGCCCCGACAUCCGCCGUGUCGUCAACAAAUGCCCGCGCCUCCUGACAGCCAGCGUGCGCGACCGCCUCCGGCCCAACCUCCUCUUCCUGCACCGCCUCGGCUUCACCGACCAAACCGCACUCGCCUACCGCGAUCCCAUACUCCUCGUCGCCAGCGUCGAGAACACGCUGAUGCCGAAGCUCGACUACUUGGCGUCUCUCGGGCUCUCGCGCGACGAGGCGGCGGCGAUGGUGCGGCGGUGCCCGGGCCUGUUCACGUUCAGCAUAGAGAAGAACUUCAAGCCCAAGUACGAGUACUUUGCGCAGGCCAUGGGGGGUAGUGCGGGGGAGCUUAAGGAGUUCCCGCAGUACUUUGCGUUUAGUUUGGAGAAGAGGAUCAAGCCCAGGCAUGUAAAGGUGGUGGCGAAGGGGGUGAAGAUGCCCCUCGCGGUUUUGCUCAAGAGCACGGAUGCGGAGUUUGAGGAGUUGCUAAGCAAAGGGUGUUAAUUAAUUACUCUUUUAAUGUAACAUGUAAUAAUAGUAUAAUUAGACCUGUACAUUAAUUUAAUUUAAUUUAAUUUAAUUUAUGUUA